AUGUUUUGGGGCAACUUAAGCAACUCAAAUGGUUGGAUAACAUCAAGUCGUGGAAUAUAUUUUGGUCUCAACCAAAAAGAACCACGCGAGGUUUAUGCUUUUUAUGGGGUAUUUGGUACCCAUAAUCAGAAUUCAUUGCCAUUCUGUAAUGGUUUGAAUGAUUUCAGGCCUAGGUCGGAUAUUGAUUGGAACCUGGAUGACAAUUUUGGUGAGUGUUUGACAAAAACAACAGGCAGUGUUGGAAAUCGAGUACAGAUAAUGGAGAGAGAGAUAGGUGCUCGAUAUAUUCCCACAUGGAAUCUAUUGAAGAUUCUCAAUCUGUGGCAGUUGCCAGAGCUCAGAAUGUGA